UAACAACAUUCGUUAGGAUAAAUUUUAGUAUCAUGUUAAAAAUGUAAGUUUGAAUUGAAUUUAACUCUGUAAAACUAGUUUACAUAAGGUGAGAAUUCUUUCUAUUUACAUAUUUUAUUUGGACUAUAUUACAUGUGGAACUCCAACAGAACAUUUGAUUGAACUCAACACCUUACAAGAAUGUAACCUUGCUGUUGCAUAAUCUCACCUUCAUAAAUUGUUGAUAAAAUUAAAUAACAGAAUAAAAAGAAAUGAUAUCGAUCACUGGAAUAAAGUUGCUGAUUUGUUUAUCUGCUUUUGUCCUUUUCCAUGUAGUGUAUGUGUAUGAAUAUAAACAUUUAUAUUUUCAUUCGAAUAUCAUUACUGAUUUAUUUAUUUACAUUUUGUCCUUUCUUGUAAGUAUGCAUAUAAAUACUCGAGACCGAUUACUGUUACCUAGCUAUGACUGAAACCAAAAACCAAAGUUUUGUCCAAUAUUCAUAGUUUUUCUCGAGAAGUUAAGGUUUUCAGAUCACACACAGAAAAAAAUGAUUGGGUGGGAAGAUGUGUAUAAGGUAGUGGUAGCAGUGGUGCCACUUUACGUAGCUCUGGUGUUAGGGUAUGGUUCACUAAAGUGGUGGAACAUUUUCACUAGGGAGCAAUGUGAUGCCAUAAACAAAUUUGUAUGUUACUUCACUUUUCCACUCUUUACAUUCGAGUUCACUGCACACAUCGACCCUUUCAAGAUGAACUACUCCUUCAUAGCUGCAGACACCAUAUCAAAGUUCAUCAUCAUGGUGGUGCUUGCCCUUUGGGCCAAGUGCACUACUAAAGGGAGUUUUUGUUGGUCUAUAACAAGUUUCUCUUUGUGCACUCUUACUAAUGCUCUUGUUGUUGGAGUUCCAAUGGUGAAGCCUAUGUACGGAGCCCUUGGUGAGGACCUUGUGGUUCAGUCCUCGGUGGUGCAAGCCAUCAUAUGGCUCACUUUGCUUCUGUUCGUGUUGGAGUUUAGGAGAACGGGAAUUCAGGGCACCACCACCUUGAAACCAAGAUCAAAAGCAACGAUCGUUGACAACGUUAGUAAUGUGACUACAAGUGAUGGUGUGGCUAUUGAUGUGAAAGAGGAGUUGGUGUUAGAAGAAACUGUUAGUAGUAGGCUUCCUUUUGGCAAGUUGAUGAAGCUUGUGUGGCUCAAACUUGUAAUGAACCCAAAUUCAUAUGGCUGUGUGAUGGGAAUUUCCUGGGCUUUCAUAUCUAACAGGUGGAAUUUGGUGAUGCCAAGUAUGGUAGAGGGGUCUAUACAGAUCAUGUCAAAGGCCGGGAUAGGCACUGCCAUGUUUAGUAUGGGUAUUUUCAUGGCACUUCAGGAGAAUUUGAUUGCAUGUGGACCAAGUAUGACUGUGUUUGGUUUGGUUUUAAAGUUCAUUGCGGGACCAGCAGCUAUGGCAAUCGGUGCCAUCGUUGUAGGAUUGCACGGUGACGUCUUACGUGUCGCCAUCAUUCAGGCUGCAGUGCCACAGUCCAUCACAUCCUUCAUUUACGCUAAAGAAUAUGGGUUGCAUCCAGAAAUUCUCAGCACUGCGGUGAUCUUUGGCAUGAUUGUUUCUCUUCCCGUCUUAGUUGCCUACUACGCAAUUUUGGAGUUUAUACAUUAAAUCAGAGAUGUGGUUUAUCAAAAGGGUCCAAAACGGAAAAUUCAAACUAUUUUUUCUUCUUCCCAUUAAGUUAAACUGAAAGUACCCUACCCAAUUGUACCAUGGUGCCCUAGUUAUAAUUUGUAAUUUAGUCUGAUUUUGAUUCCUAUAUAUUAGCCACCAGCCAGUCAAUUAUAUAAAUCUCAAGGAAUUAAUGUAUUACAAUCACAAACCUUGAAACCAUGUCCAUGUAUUGAUGAGGGGCCUACAUAUUAUUAUCUACAAUCGGUUCCUUAGAACAUAUAUUAUUCUCUCCUUUUCUUAAUUAUAUCAUGAAUAUAUAUUGAAUAUUGA